AUGAUGGGAACAGUUUCCAGUGGAAGGCACUCUGGGUGCCAGGGGGCAUCCCCGGGUUCAGGCCCCGUGUCGCCGGUGCGAUUGCUGAACGGCCUGGGGCCAGGACCGAACGGUACUAGCACGGCCGGAGAACCCGUCGAGCUGAAUGCUAUCUUAGGCCAAGCUUCCCCAAUCAUUACAACGAAACGUGAGCCGCAAGACCUCCGGAACAAGCCCUUGUGUUUGGAAAAGGCAUCCGCCGUCACAUUGGUGAGCAACCCGGCGGCGGCGCGUCGGCUCUUAUCACCGGUGCAGGCCACGUUGGAGGCGGACGAAGACCCUUCGCACGCAGCUUUGUCUACGGUGAUAUACUCCGAAGGCUACGGGCCUUAUGCAGACCACUAUGCCAUGACGCCGUCUACGUCUGCCGGACGCUUGCAACACUCCGGGGUUCGUCCCUCGGCGUUGGGGUACACAGUGGCGACACCGACUGCGGCGGCUGCGGCGCCGGACGGCUUCAGUUGCUAUCGGGAUUACUAUGCCGGCGCUACGGCGCAGCAGCAGCCGGACUUGUAUGGUCUUCGCCAUUAUGACGUAGCUAUUAGCGGCACGCCGAUGGUGUCGGUAGUGGACGGUGCGAGUACGGUUUCGGCUGCCGCUACAACUGGAUUUGUUGAUCGCUACUUGCGACAGAGUGGAUAUCGGUCCCCCGGGCAGGUUCUCUCUGUGGAUUUGCCCUCGCCGGAUAGUGGGAUCGGAGCUGAGUCCGUAACCCCAAGAGACCAUACUGCUGUUCAUCAGUUACAGAACAAGAUGGAAUUUCAACCGGAUAUGAAACCGUUUCACGCUACGCCAUCUUCCGGUUAUCGCGGCGGUUUGCCGUGGAGUAACGGGCUGACGCCUGGACCGAACUACACUGGCUACAUGAUUCGCUCUGUACCGAAACCGGCGACGUCAACAUUGAGCAACAUGACGCCCAUCGGGAAGGAACCUGGGCAAGGGGUGGUUUUCCGGAAGCGGGUUAGCUUUCCGCCGCAGCCGAGAUGCUUUGAUUAUUCGGAAAUGGUGUCCGGACAGCUGCUGGGCAGUACUGCGAACGGAACCAUUGGCGUGAACGGAAUGACGGGAAUGGAAGGCCUGGGCAUUCGACCCCCACCUAUGGGAUCCCCACCAGCGAGAUCCCGAUCAUGGCAUGAGUUCGGUCGACAAACUGAGGCGGACAAAGUUCAGAUACCAAAAAUGUGA